CGAGAGGCCCACAAGUGUCAUACUACUUGGUGGUAUUAUAUGUCCAAUUAGAAAAAUUCCAAUCGGGCCCCAAGGCUACACAUCAUCCGGUCUCAUCAGUUCUCGGCAUAUAUACUUUAUUAUUUAACUAUUGCUAAAUCGGUUUAUUCACCAGUUAUGUGAGAGUGCUGUUAUUUAUUAUAAUCAUUCUUAUUAUUAUUUAUUUAUUAUUAACUCACACGUGUAGUAAUGUAUGCGGUUGAAUAUUGAAUUAUAGUUUCUGCAGCAUCACUACAGUCUCGUUCAACACAAUUUAAGUCCCACAAUAAAACAAAUUUGAGCCCCAUUGCAAAACUAUAGUUUUAGCACCCUAAGAAUACGUAUUCUUCCGACAAAAAUCCUUUUUCUUACAAGAGGAAUACGCGUCAGAAUAAAACAUUCCUAGAAUAGUCUUUUUUGGCAGUAAUUAAACUUUGUUUUCAGUGAAGAAAUCAAUAAGUCGAUCAAUACUUUUAUCUGAUAAUUUAAAAAUGUCAGAAAAUUGGAAAACAGUAUUUGUAACUGGUGGUGCUGGGUAUAUAGCUAGUCACACAAUUGUUGAACUUUUGGAACAUGAUUAUGAAGUAGUAGCAAUUGAUAAUUUCACCAAUAGUGUUUCUGCUGUCAAUGGAGAAUCAAUAGCUCUUCAGAGAGUUGAAGAAAUUACGAAAAAGAAAAUCCAUUUUUAUCAAUGUGAUCUAACUGAUCUUGAGAAGCUUAGAGAAGUUUUCAAUAAGCAUAAAGUAGAUUGUGUGAUUCACUUUGCGGCAAUUAAAGCAGUUGGAGAGUCAAUGCAAGUUCCAUUGCAUUACUAUCGAAAUAAUGUAAUUGGAGCUAUUAAUUUACUUGAGGUAAUGAAAGCUGCAAAAUGCUAUCAAUUAAUCUUCUCCAGCUCCUGUACUGUUUAUGGAGAACCUGAUUAUUUACCAAUUACUGAAGAUCAUCCAAUUGGGAAUAUUACAAAUGUUUAUGGACGUACAAAAUACUUUAUUGAAGAAAUGCUCAAAGAUAUUUCCAGAGCUGAAAAGAUUUGGAAUAUCAUAUCAUUACGAUACUUUAAUCCAGUUGGAGCUCAUCCUAGUGGUAUGAUAGGUGAGGAUCCAACUAAACCUUAUACAAAUUUGAUGCCUUUUAUUGCUCAAGUUGCACUUCGACGUAAACCAGAAUUAGUAAUAUUUGGUGGUGAUUAUCCAACAAAAGAUGGCACAGGAAUUCGUGAUUAUGUUCAUGUAAUGGAUCUAGCUAGUGGACAUGUUGCUGCUUUAAGAGCUUUACAAAAAAGUCAUCUGAGACUCAAAGUUUACAAUUUAGGAACGGGCAAAGGUGUUUCUGUUCUAGAAUUAGUUAAAACAUUUGAGAAAGUUACGAAUACAAAAAUUCCUUAUGUCAUUAAAGAACGUAGAGAAGGAGAUAUAGUUUCUAUGUAUGCAAAUGCGGAUUUAGCUAAAAAUGAACUUGGUUGGAUAACGAAAUUUAGUGUUGAGCAAAUGUGUGAAGAUUUUUGGAGGUGGCAAAUUAUGAAUCCUAAUGGCUAUCGUCAUGUACGUAAUGGCAACUCUAAACAUGAUUAAUGAAAACUGUCCAUUAAGCCUUUAGAAAAAUGAUUUAAUUAUGCUAAAUUUAUUAUAUUACAAAUAAGUCUUAUACUUAAAUAAUGAUAGAAAAAAUAAUUAUACUAUUCGCUAAUGAUUCCUUGGACUAGAAUUCGUAAAAGAUCUUUUUGAUCAGCAUCAAUAAACUGCCAUAGUUCACUUUCUAAAUUUAAUAUAGCUUGUUCAUCUCGUGAUUGACAAACUAAUACAAGAGACUGUAAUAGAAGAUAUUCAUUUUCAUUAAGAUAUGUAUCUGAAAAAAAAACAAUUAUUUUUUAAUACUAUUAAUUUUACAAAAAAUUAUCUUUUAUAUCUUUAAAUAGUUAAACUUUUUUUAACGUAAUUUUGGCCAGUAUAUUCACAAUAAAUAAUGGUUUAAAUGUACUUGAAUAUACUACCUCACUGUGAGUUUGUUAAAAUAUUGUGUCUGCACAUAAGAAUAAAGUAUGAUUAUUCAUAAUAAAAUCACAAUUCAUACU